CACAGUCGUCGCGGUUGGUCGCAAUUUUUGUUGAUGAUAAGCGGACUUUCGAUUCGGGCGCGUUUUGUAUUUGUUUUGUCGCGAAAUGAAAUGAACUGAGAACUCAAAUAGUAGCAAUAUCUCUGGGCAAAGACAAACAACGUGAUAAACCGUGAAAUGCGUCAACUGGUGGAGAAACUGUUUUAGUCAAGGCCAUGGAGCAUUGACUUGGACCUCUGAGAAUCCCAAUCCCCGAUCCCCGCCAUGUUGGAGCCAACGCUGACGCCUGAUCUGGAGGAGGGCAUCGCCGGGCUGAGCCUAGACGAUGUGGAUGUGGACUCGGUGCCGGAUCGCAAGCCGCACUUCCUCGACUACGAUGCAGUUCCGCCGCCGGACUACGAGGAUGGCUUUAGGGCCAGUUCCGGGGAGCAGCUGAAAAUGGACAAGAAGUACGAGCGCGAUGGCGAAGUCAGCGAUUACGAGUUGGCCGCCAGUGGCUACACAAAGAAGGAGUUCACCCAGGACGACAACACGCUGCACUUCACCCAGAGCGGAGCUGGUCUGGGAUCUGGAGCCGUGGGCAAGAAGCCGACGGCCAAGCACUUCCUGGACGAGAAUCCCAUUCCGCCGGACUAUAUGUUGGCCCAGGAGUUGAGGGAGAUGAGAGAGCAUCGCAGCCUGGACAGGAACUUUGAGCGGCAAUCGGCUCAGCAGCAGCAGCUGGAAGAACUUCCGCCGAGGAAUGGAAGCGGAUCGCCGGCCAGCGCAGGUCGUCCCUCCCGAAGCAAAGAGCCAUCCUACACGCUCUCCCGAUUUCUGGAUGGGGAUUCGCCAGCUCCAGCUCCCAGGUUGCCCAAGGGAGCGGCAUGGACGACCAGCUUUGAUGAGCGGUACACCUCUUCGGCAGUGGAAGCUACGUUGGGCUCGAAAGUGGAGUGUGUCUACUCUCUGCUUUCCAUGCUGGGCUCAAAUGAUCCUCUCGAGAUGGCCAAAAAGUUUUUGGAACUUUCGGGUAAUGCCCAAAGCUGCGCCACCCUGCGACGCUCUGGCUGCAUGCCGCUCCUGGUCCAGAUGAUGCACGCCCCGGACAAUGACCAGGAGGUGAGGAAGUGCGCCGGGCAGGCACUGCACAACGUGGUGCACAGUCAUCCGGAUGAGAAAUCGGGCAGGCGGGAAGCCAAGGUGCUGCGCCUGCUUGACCAGAUCGUCGACUACUGCUCCUUCUUGAAGACGCUGCUCCAGAGUGGCGGCGAGGCCAUUGCCGAUGACUCUGAUCGCCAUCCGCUGGCCGCUAUCUCGUCGUUGAUGAAGGUCAGCUUUGAUGAGGAGCACCGGCACGCAAUGUGUGAAUUGGGGGCGCUGCACGCGAUCCCCAACUUGGUCCAUCUAGAUCAUGCUGUCCACGGACCGAAGCCGGAGGAUCAGUGCUGCAAUUCUCUGCGGAGAUAUGCAUUGAUGGCCCUGACAAAUCUGACCUUCGGGGAUGAGAACAACAAGGCGUUGUUGUGCGGACAGAAGCAGUUUAUGGAGGCCCUGGUGGCCCAAUUGGACUCAGCGCCGGACGAUCUGCUUCAGGUGACGGCCAGCGUGCUGCGCAAUCUCUCCUGGCGGGCGGACAGCAACAUGAAGGCUGUGCUCAAUGAGAUUGGAACGGUGACGGCUCUGGCCUUGGCGGCCAUGCGGAAUAGGAGUGAAAACACCCUGAAGGCCAUACUGUCGGCCCUGUGGAAUCUCUCGGCGCACUGCAGCACCAACAAAGCGGAAUUCUGCGCUGUAGACGGAGCGCUGGCAUUCCUCGUGGGGAUGCUCAGCUACGAGGGUCCCAGCAAAACCCUGAAGAUCAUCGAGAAUGCAGGUGGCAUCCUGCGGAACGUAUCCAGUCACAUUGCGGUAUGUGAACCGUAUCGGCAGAUUCUGCGCCAGCACAACUGCCUGGCCAUUCUGCUGCAGCAGUUGAAAUCCGAAAGCCUGACGGUGGUCAGUAACUCCUGUGGAACUCUGUGGAACCUGUCAGCUCGUUCUCCCGAGGAUCAGAAGUUCCUGUGGGACAAUGGAGCUGUUCCCAUGUUGCGUUCUUUAAUCCACUCCAAACACGCCAUGAUCUCAGAGGGCAGCUCUUCAGCUCUGAAGAAUCUAUUGAACUUCCGACCGGCUGUCCAAAAUCAUCACCAGCUAGAUCCCAUUGCCCGAUCCAUGGGUCUGAAGGCAUUGCCCACCUUGGAGGCGCGCAAAGCUAAGGCACUGCAGCAGGAACUGGGUGAGCGGCACACGGCGGAGACGUGCGACAACCUGGACACGGGUGGAAAACCAACCAAGGAACGGGCUUCCAGUUCAUCCAGACGUCAUCCGGCUGUGCCGCGCUUAACCCGCUCGGCAAUGCUAACGAAGAGUGAGAGCAGGGAUUCCGUUUAUUCGGCCAAAUCGGACUGCGCCUAUGAUCAUCUAAUCCGCUCCGCCUCAGCUUCGGAUGCCCACCGCAAGGUGAAGCCCAAAAUCACGGAUUUCGAUCUGGAAAUGGAACAGGAUACGGAGGCAACCGAGGAGCAGCCCAUUGACUACUCUGUAAAAUACAGUGAGAGCGCCACCAAGACCUCGACAUAUCAGGAAACGGACCUCGAUCAACCCACGGACUUUAGCCUUCGCUAUGCGGAGAACCAAAUUGAAUCCGAUCUGGACAUAUCAGGAUCGGCAGGAGCGCAAAAGAGUACCAUAACACCUCCUGCUGACACGGCUCCCGUGAAAUCCGAGGGCCAAGAGAUCCUGCUGAUUCUAGAUGACAGUGUUAAGUGCUAUCAGACAGAAGAUACCCCGUAUGUUAUAUCCAAUGCAGCUUCCGUCACGGAUCUAAGGGUAACUGCUAAAGUGGAAGCGGAUGUGAAACCGGAAGCUAGGGACGUCGCUUCCAAAGAGGGAGCUCCCAAAAAGUUGCCCAAGCUGUCGCAGUGCGGAUCGGGUUCAUAUACUCCAGAGAAACCCAUCAAUUAUUGCGAGGAGGGAACUCCUGGCUACUUUAGUCGCUACGAUUCCUUAAGCAGCUUGGAUGAGUCCGGCAAAGCUAACCAGGCCACGGUGGGAGGUGAAGCAGAAAUAAAACCAAAAUCAGAGAAACAAGAGGAGCAGGAAUCCCAGCCAGCAGAGCAGGUCCUCGUCAAACCUCCAACCCAGGCCAAUUCAGCUUUGGAAACCCCUCUAAUGUUUUCGAGACGCAGUUCCAUGGAUUCUCUAGUCCACGAUCCGGAUGUGGACGUUGUCAACUGCGAUGAUAAGAGCUCUGUGGUGAGUGACUUUAGUCGCCUGGCCAGUGGGGUGAUAUCCCCAUCGGAGAUUCCGGAUUCCCCAACACAGAGUAUGCCGCAAUCUCCAAGACGGAAUAGUGUGGCUGGUUCGGGACCGAAUGUGGACUCUCUACCAGCUGUAAUCCCCGCCAGCCUGCAGCCACUCCGGAGCGUCUUCGAGGAUGACCUCAGCAGCUUCAACGUGGAACAUACACCGGCUCAAUUCUCGACGGCCACCAGUUUGAGUAACCUCAGCAUAGUAGAUGAUGAAAAGGCCCCAGCGAGUGUGGCCGAGGAGGACAACGAAGAUGAGCUCCUCUUGGCCAACUGCAUUAACAUGGGCAUGCAACGUAAGCCCGCUGAGGUUGUGAAAUCAACAGCUGUGAACCCCGAAGUAGACGUGGCAGAGGAGACCAUUCGUAGCUACUGCACCGAGGAUACGCCGGCAUUGCUUUCCAAGGUGGCCAGUAACACCAAUCUUUCGGCCAUCUCCAUGAGUUCCAAUGAUCCAAAGGAGGUAACAACAUCUGGUCAGGCACAAAUUUACGCUCAUCAGCUAUCCGACGAUGUAUCCUCGAAUGCCUCGGACUGCGGUGGGGCAGCGGGUAACCUCCUGGAGCAGUGCAUCCGCGAUGGCAUGAAGAAACCCCUAAAUGAAGCAGCUGCCGAUCCCAUAGCCAUGCUUCGACGUGGAGGAAACCAAUUGCCCGGCUACCUGCCCUCCGCUGAUGAGAUGAACAAGUUCUUGGUGGAGGACAGUCCCUGCAACUUCUCCGUAGUAUCUGGCCUUUCAAAUCUAACCGUGGGUUCUAGUCUCGUUGGGCCCGCUGUAGAGCUCAAGGAAACCGUAUCAUCCAGUGUGAAUCCCAAACCUGGCUCGGAUGCAAAGCCCGCUAGACAGGAGCAAGUCCGAAGACCGCCGCAUUGGCAAGAUGAUUCGCUGAGUUCUCUAUCCAUCGACUCGGAGGAUGACACCAAUUUACUGAGUCAGGCUAUUGCCGCUGGUUGCAAUAGACCGAAAUCGAAUCUUGGCUUCAGCUCGAACGGCAAGCGCUCCAGUUCGCUAAGCUCCUCGCAGCCAAUAGCCAUCAAUGCGGCCACCUCGGCUAGCUCCCUGAAUUCGGCAAUGACAGUCCGCAAAAGCCAGCAACAGCAGGAAUCCUACAGCUCGGUGGAUUCCAGCGACUCCAAUGACAACCAGUCGAAGUCGCUCUUCGAGCUGUGCAUCCUCAAGGGCAUGUACAAGUCCAAGGAGCCCGGAGCUCGGGCUCAGCAAUUGCAGGAGCAGCCCAUUGUGGGAGCAGCCUCCGCCCAGUCGAAUCCCAAUCUUAAGCAAUUUGACUCGUUGCCAGUGCAGCUGCCUUCUGGUGGACAACCCAAGCGACAGCGUCAUCACCACCAUCACCAUCAUCACAGGGAGCGGGAGAGAGAGCGCAAGGACGAGAAGCUGCUGCAGGAGUGCAUCAAUACGGGCAUCUCGAAGAAGAUCAACGCCGUGCCAAAAAACGUCCUGGCUACGUCUGCGGCUGCAUUGGAACCGUGUCACCCAAUGGCAGCUACUACAUCAGCAAGUGCCCACAGCACAGCAGCUCCAGACGUAGAGCAGAAAGCGCACGCUACCAGCAAUCCGCACCAGCCGCCGUCCCCGAGCAGUCCCAUCCUCCCGAAUCCUACCGACGCCAUCGCCACCGUCACCGACACAGCAAGAAGUCCAGUAGCUCCAGAUCAAGGGAGCGGGAGCGCGAGUCAGAACGGUCUCGAGACCGCUAUUGGGUCUAAGGACUUGGACUCGGAAGAUCGCUCCAGCGAUGAAUCGAAUCAGUCCUUCAUCAUGGAGACCAUGGUCAGGUUGGAUAGUGCUCCCAACGAAACAUGCAUUUCUGGGGCAAGCGAGAAGCACAAGGAUCCAGACCUGAUGCUGAAGUCCGUCGAGAGAUUGACCAUGGAGUUCGUCACUUCGGCAGAACAAUUGCGCAGCAGUAGCAACAAUCACAGCAGCAGCAACAGCCACAAGAACAACAGCAGCAACAACACCUGGAACGAGCACACCUGUCCCAAUGACGUGAGCUUCCCCAGUGUGAGUCAAACGGCUCCGGUUUUGGCUUCCCUGAGCCUGGAUGAAGAUGUCAAAGAUCCGAAAUCCUUGCAUCAGGUUCUUGAGAUUACACCCACGAGUGAACAGCAGCCAGCAUCGCUGGAAGGUGAAACGGAUACCCUGGUUAAUGGAGAAGCUGACAGCUACUCGGGAUCAUCGGGUGGACUGAACUUUCAGUUGGGUGGGCAGGUUCAGAAUGCGGGCGUCCGAUUGGAGCCACAAAGGCUGCUCUUCAACGGAACCAGUGCCUCCAUGAUGACCAACUCAACAAUGAUUGCUUUUGAGGCACGAGCUCUGGCCGAAAAUCUUCUCCAGCCCGCUGCUACCGAUGAGGAUAGCACCGAGAUGACCUUCAGUAUGAACAGUUUGGAUCUGGAUAAUGUACGUCCACCAUCGGGAAUGGAAUCACUCAACAGCUGCUACCAGGAGCACUCCCAGCCGAGCUCGCUGCGCCAGCAGUUGCCCAGCAAGAGUCCCAGAUUUGCGCGCAAAAUGUUUCCCGCCAAUUUGGUAGCUAGACGCGCCUUGGGUCACCUGGCGGGCAGUGCGGAGAGCGUGAACUCUAGCUGCAAUCUGCUGGACAACAUCAAACCGCCCUCGCUGAUGGACGAGCUGCUGGACUCCAUGAUCAGUGUCGACAGCAUUCAGUCGGAGGUGGCUGAUGGCGAACAGGAUUGCAGCAUGGCCACCACUAUUUCGGUGUCCAACUAUGAGACGGCUGCUUGCGAUGAUCAAACGCUGACCGUCCUCCAAAGUUGCUUUGACGAGGAUGAGGAUGCCACGAUGAAUGACUACAGCUCGGCGGAAUCUACACCCAAACAGGGAUCCACUCCAUCGCCCAAUCGGCGUUCGCUCACCCCGAAACAGAAGCGGCGUCUCACCAAGGAUCGCUACAAAACGUACACCAUAGCAACCAGCUGCGAGAUGGAGGCCCUGGAGGCCAAUGAAACACUGCAGAUUGAGAUUGUGGAGACGCCCGUUCCUGUGGCCACUCCAUCGCCGCGUGCCAAUGGCCGGAGAAGGGGCAGUGCAGAACGGUACAAGACCCAGUUGAUUGAGUGUCCUAGGGCUUUAAUUCAACCCCAAUCCGACGAUUGCCCCAGCGAACAGCUGUCCUCCAUUCGAUCAAUGAUGCAGCAGUUUACCUACAUCACGGACAUCAACAUUGGACACGGUCAAGAGACGUGCGAGGUGGCUAACCCUCCAGAAGAUGCAGAGGAAUCCCCAGAGUGCGAUCAAAACUCGGAGACGGAGUCAUGCGAUGGCCAGGAGCCAGUGCAGCUACCUCCUCCUCCGCCAAUGGUGGAACUGAAGUCCCCUGUUGCCAAACCAACAACUCUGGAACCUGCAACGGCUGUAAAAUUGGUUCGUGGUCGGAAGAAACCAGCCUAUGUGUCACCCUACAGUAUGCAGAGUCAACGGAAUGGGAACAGUACCGCCUCGGCUAAAAAGAAAACCCUUUCUCCCACGAUUGCCAAACGCAGUGUAAUGCCCGGAGGAGCGGGAGCAAGGCUACCAGCCAAGAAGAAGCCAACGCCGCCGCCGGAACCCGCUCCCGCUCGAUUGGAACGCCAGGGAACCUUUGUCAAGGACGAACCCACGAACUCAAAUGUUCAAGUGCCCGUGGUGGAGGCAAAGCCAGCUCAACAAACCAGUCCAGGUCAUCGCGCCUCAAAGCUGCCGACAAAGAAAACUACAACAGGCGGUGAUUCACCAUCGAAAGCUGGCUCUCCCAAGAGGAUUGGCGUGGCUCCAGCACGCCGGGUGACGCCCCAGAGGGCCAAUACUAGUCUGCGAUUAGCAGGGGCCAAGUCCCCUGCUGCCUCGCGAGUGGCUUCCGCCCGGGUGUCAUGCACCACGCCUCCAUCCCGCAGCAAUUCCAAUCUGAAUGGUAGCAGUGCAGCCGCAGCAGCAGCGGCAAAAAUCAAUCAGGCCCAGAGUCGGAUUGCCAACAUUUGGAAGAGAGUGGACGAGGCCAAGACCAAGCAAUCGUCAGCCAACCUGAAGACGCAGAAAACAAAAUCUUCCAAUACGCUCAAUGGAAAUGCAGCCAAGCCGACGCUCCUGCGCAGCUCGACUUUUGACAAUAGCCCCAAUCCCGCAGCAACAGCGGCAGGAGGAGCAGUAGCAGUCAAGUCAAAGUUGCCAGUGGUGGGAGCCCGGAAAUAAAGGGAACUUUAGUCAGGAGAGCAACGUUUUCGCUUACCUUACAUAAUCAGAAAUUAGACAGGUUUAAGAGAUUCCGGAAGUGGAGCCUGGACUGACAGGACUGUAUUUGUCACGCAUUUUUUAGCAACGGAACACGCACAGGUCCACAUCCACAAGCAGAGCUAAAGUCAGAGUUAAAAUCAAAGAGUUUUUAGGAUAGGAGGCAAUAUACAUACUUAUACUAUGUAAUCAAUAUACUACUCUCCUUUUACUUUA